CAGAAAUUCGUCGAGGGAACAAACUUAAGGCGAUGUAAAGGAAGUCUUCCAUUGACUUCCCGGUGAUGCUAGGUCGGGGCUCGCCGGGGAUGGCUUGCCCUCUAGCCAAGCUCGGCCGAAGCUCCCCCGACUACUAUGGCUCCAGCCUGGACCAAGGAUACCACACGCUCGUACCCUCCGGCUGGACAGCCCAGGAGAAGCCCAAGAGGCGCCCGCCAUCGCUCACUGAACGGCUUCCAGAUGACCUGCUCCUCCGAAUAUUCUCUUGUCUGGAAUCUCCAGACUUGUGUGCAUGCGCCAGGGUCUGCAGAAGAUGGGAGACGUUGGCUUGGGACCCAUCACUGUGGACGACGCUCACCCUCCUCGGUGAGAACCUUUCCGGAGAUAAAGCUAUAAGAUGCAUUGUCCGAAGGCUGUGCAGCUCUGCAGGGCGGGCCAGCUUGCGGAAGGUGGUCAUCGGGGAAGGGGCUUGGAUCACCGACAAGGGUAUCUUGAUGAUGGCUCGACGUUGCCCGGAACUAACCUGGCUCCAAGUCCACGGAUGUUCCGCCAUCACGGACUCGGCACUCUUCGAGCUCGUCACAAGGGCGGUCAACUUGCACCACCUCGACAUCACUGCAAAUGUUCGUAUGUUAAAAGACUUUACCGACGACCAAUAUGUCAAAAGAUAUGAAUUGAGGAAACACGAAACAGCCGAGACCGCAGAGCAAAGCUGUAUCCAGAUCUCAUGUGUGAGUGUAACUCCUGGACCAGAACCUCCUAGGAGACUGCUCCUUCAAUAUUUAGACUUAACUGACUGUAAUGCAGUGGAUGAUGGAGGCCUUAGAGUAAUUGUCCGAAACUGCCCACAGCUUGUUUACCUUUAUCUUCGUAGAUGUACAAAAAUAACUGAUGCUGGUAUUAAAUUUGUUCCUAGUUUCUGCUCUGGGCUUAGGGAACUGAGUGUUUCUGACUGCACUCAAGUAACAGAUUUUGGUUUAUAUGAAUUGGCCAAGUUAGGGGCGACUCUGCGGUACCUAUCAGUGGCUAAAUGUGUCAGGGUGAUUGCUCGUCGGUGCUAUAAACUUAGGUACUUGAAUGCAAGAGGUUGUGAGGCAGUUUCAGAUGAUGCUCUGACAGUGAUUGCUCGGAGCUGCCCCCGACUGAGGGCAUUGGAUGUAGGAAAGUGUGAUGUUAGUGAUGCAGGGCUUCGGGCACUAGCUGAAUCUUGCCCAAAUCUGAAAAAACUCAGUUUACGAAUGUGUGAUUUAGUCACUGACAGGGGUGUCCAAUGCAUUGCAUAUUACUGUCGGGGACUCCAACAGCUCAAUAUACAGGACUGUCAGAUAUCCAUCGAAGGAUACAGAGCUGUUAAAAAAUAUUGUAAACGAUGUGUAAUAGAGCAUACCAAUCCAGGGUUCUUUUAG